AUGGAGCACUCCCACCCCCCUCAGAAAGCUGUCCAGUCUAUGGCAGCUGAACCACAUCCCAAUUACAAUCCGUCACGUAUGCGCAAACUCGGUCAAAACGCCGCUCGCUUAGCCCGCAAGAUGGCUUCCACGCCUACUGGAUCAUCUAGCCCAGCGACAACCAACACGGCACCCACCGGCGAGACUCCAGACGACCACUUGCAGGCUGCUCUUCCUCCUGGUUGUGCACUCCCUCCUGGCUUACCCCCUCCGCCAGGCUUGUCCAAACCCCCUGAAGUGCCUCCUCCUGGACUGCAUCCUCCGCCGGGUUUCACACCAGUUGUUCCUCGAGAAAAGGCGUUUGGUUCGCGGCGUUCGCCUCCAUCUCGUCGUCCUGGCGGAACACACCUGGAAAACUGCCAUUCACUCAGCAAGACGCGCGUGUAUGAUAACACUUUGCGAUGCGACAAGUGCGGUGGAGCUUCAGACUUUGGUUGGUUCUACCGCUGCUGCCACGAUACGGAGACUCGCCUGUACGAGUCCAUUCGGGAUGGAAGUACUGAGCAUUUCGACGAGAUCGGAGAGAUGUUCAGCCACCAACUCAAGCGGCCAGACAGAGGACCCGCUGCACGCUCAGACAAGCUGAGCCUGCUUCAAGAACUUCGCCCCGAGCAGAUCGAGUCGCUUUCGGCGCCCCAGCUCGCCAAGCUCCUGCAGCAGCGGGAGCACGUCAACGAACAGGCAAUCACUGACCGUUGGGGCUUCCUUGGCCUGGCUGCCUACGACAGGCCUUUCCUGAAGAGCGAAGUGCAGGAGUGCAAGCAGACCUUAUGCCCUGCAUGUGGUAGAGGCAUGAUGGGGGAAGAGGUGUCUUUCCUUGAUCUGGAUGGCGUCCUCAAGGGUGACAUCCCACCCACUGCCGCUGUGGGCUUUGGCUUCCGCAAGCACGGCCGCCCAAUCGCUGAUGCCAAUAUCAUGCGCACCAUCGGCCUGCGCAAGGCCACCGAGAACAAGGACCAAGUUGCCCAGCCGGUUCAGAGCGAGGGAAACAAGGCUGAGGAGCAUGUCGAGCCAGAUGUCAAGGACGAGGACGAGACCAGCUUGGCCACGUUUACUGAUGCACCAUUGACUCCUUCCAACACUUUUCUCAACAUGGCCGACAGCAGUGAGGAUCUUCUGGAGCUCUACACUGAUGGAUCUUCCGUGGAGGUUUCUCAGGACAAUACGACGGCGCAGGAUGCGGCUCCUGGAGAGAAGCAGGUGGCAUCACCAUGUCCGCAAAUGGCUGCCAGGGAGUGUAACGGAGCAAUGGCUUCUGAUAGGACUCCCCUUCUCGCUGACCCACGCCGAUCGGUAGACUCAGCGCAGUCCGACCGCCGCGCCGAGGAAGAAGACAGCCUGGUCCGUGGCUCCUCACCAGACCGUCAGCCAUGGGCAUACCGCAUCCGCGAGGUCGUCCUCUUCGUCUGGGCUUUGUUAGCCACCGCGAUAAUCAUCGUCCUGGCAGUAUGGUUCCAACACAACCAGCAGACCGGCCAGUUCUCGAAACCUCCCGGCAAGCGGAACUUGAUAUUCAUGGUGUCGGAUGGUAUGGGACCCGCAUCUCUGUCCCUGACGAGGUCUUAUAGGCAGCUGGUGGAGGGCCUCGACUACGACGACACUCUGACGCUGGACAAGCACUUCUGGGGCACGAGUCGGACACGGUCGAGCAACAAACUGGUCACGGACUCGGCGGCAGGGGCAACAGCUUUUUCUUGUGGCAAGAAGAGCUACAAUGGGGCCAUCUCAAUGCUGCCGGACUCCUCGCCUUGUGGUUCCGUUCUUGAGGCAGCGAAAAAGGAUGGCUACCACACGGGACUAGUGGUUACAACCGAUAUUACUGACGCGACGCCUGCUUGUUUCGCCAGCCAUGUCGACGUCAGAGAAAAAGAGAACGAGAUUGCUCUGCAGGAAAUCGGCGAGGGCGCACUCGGGAGAGUUGUGGACUUAAUGCUCGGCGGAGGACGUUGCCACUUCCUUCCUAACUCGACCGACGGAAGUUGUCGACUAGACGAUGUGGAUGUGGCGGGCAUAGCCCAGAAGAAGCAUGGGUGGACAUACUUCGACGACCGUGCAGGCUUUGACAGCCUCCAGGUCGGUGAGAAUGCGUCUUUACCGGUCCUGGGCUUGUUCGCUAGCACCGAUGUGCCCUUUGAAAUUGACCGCAAGAACAUGGCGGAUAUCUAUCCAAGCCUGAGUGAGAUGGCAACGACGGCCUUGAAGGCCCUUACAAAGGCCACUGAGAACAGCGACAAGGGCUUCUUCUUGAUGAUCGAGGGCAGUCGGAUUGAUCAUGCGGCACACAUAAAUGACCCAGCUUCACAUGUCAGGGAGGUGCUUGAGUACGACAAGACCUUCAAGAUCGUCCUGGAUUUUCUCGAGAAUAGCAAGACCGAAGGUCUGCUUGUGGCUACCAGUGAUCACGAAACUGGUGGCCUAGCAACAGCCUGGCUGUAUAACUGGUACCCAACCGUGCUGGCAAAGGCCAACGCAUCUGCUCAGUACCUAGCCCACAAGCUGCACGAACACAUCAACUCGAUCAAAUCGGAGCCCGCCGCACUCGAGAAUUUGGAGGACUGGAUCAAUACCAAGCUCGUAAUCCCAGGUCUUGGCAUUGCUGAUGCCCGCGACUUUGAGCUCAAGGAGCUGGCAUCUGAUCCAGAGCACGCGAUUUUCACCUUUUCGAGAAUGAUCAGCCAGCGUGCAAGAAUCGGAUGGUCGACUCACGGUCAUUCCGCCGUCGACGUGAAUAUUUACAGCUCCGGCGGGCGUUUAGCAGAGGAUCUUCACGGCAACGUUGAGAAUACGCAAGUGGGUCAGUUCCUGAGGAACUAUCUCGAUGUCGACACCGACAAGAUCACAGAACAGCUGAGGGAGAAGAUGGAGUGGGGCCAGUCCCUGGCAGUCUCAACGGACGAUGAGAUGGUCCGCAUGGGGUAUGAGGCCGAGAAGCCGCAGAUGGAGUGGAUUGAUUAA